GCUAAGUUGUUGGAAUCGUCCCACGCUUGGCUCGGAGCCUCCACAUCUUCGAUAGCCGAAAUGCCUCAGCUUUUGAAAUUGAGAACACCGACAUGGACGCAGGAUCAGCUAAAAGAGGCAAUCGAAGCGGUCGUGCAUCAGAAGAUGCGCUUUACUCAGGCCGCCUCUCGUUAUGGCAUCCCCAAAGGCACUCUGUACGACAACAUUUUAGGCAAAUCCAAGCGAAUGGCCGUGCUAGAAGAAGCGGGCCUGACCGCUAAUGAGGAGAGCGCCGUUUUGGAGUUUUGCUGCGACGUUUCGAUCUCCCCGUACAAUCGGCGCACCAAAAAGAGCCUCAAAGAGGUGCUGACGUUUGUUGAGAACCUACGCAGGUUGCGCGAUCCGGAAUUCAUGUUCACCGGCCUGUCGGGCUUUCGAUGGUGGUGGGCCUUUUGCAAGAAGCACAGCAUCGUCUCACUCUACUACGACACGAGCAAUAAUAAUGGAUCUUUCAACUCGCUCGAUUUGAGUCACUCGUAUAACGGGUGAUUUUUUUGUUUUUUUUUAUUAUUAUUUGCCUUCACAUUGCCUCCCAUCGGGGCUUGAAGGACUUUUACGUAAUCCCAUUUAUUUAAGCAAUAAUUCAACUUGAAGAAGUCUGAUGCGCAUGAUGAUAUUGUUAAGCACGCGAAAACUGCCUAGUGAUACUCGUCGAUUAGAUUAAGGUAGGCCAAACCAAACGCAACGCACUAUACAAUAUAGUUUCGAAGGGGGCCGGCAAGCGCAGCGUUGCCGCGCGAGGCGUUUAUUCACACCAGCUGAAUUAUUCCUGCUUAAAUCGUUUUCUAUUAUUUAAGGGAGCGGUGGGGUCAUUUUCAUUUUUUUUGUUUCUCGGGUAUUCUUAGCGAGCUACAGGGUGUGGGCUCUUUUCUAGUUUUUACUCGACAGAAGUUUUUUUUUUGAUUAACUGCAACCAGCAAAUUUCCAUUUGAGAUACUUUUAGUUUCAUGCCCUUCAUUUGAGCCAGCUAUACAUUGAUUAGCGAAUUCGUGGCAAGUUUUAUAAUUACAGUAUAAAAAUGGGCGGGUUUUGGGUUGAUUCGGCAACGGCGCGCAUUGACCGACUCUAUAGUGCCAGUUCCGUUUGGUUUUGCCUUUGAGGAAGCUCAAUGAUUUUGGUGCAACUAAACCGAUUAACACUUCCAGUUUAGACUAGAUCUAGUAUUGUUGUUGAUAAAAGUAUGAAUUUUAAAGUUCAUUGUUCAACAUUGUUACGAGUGCCUUAAUGCCAACGCAGUGAUAUGUAUUGUUAACGGUUAUUAGUAGAACUAUCGAUUUCAAGAGUUUCAUUUGUUGUUAGGAUGCGUUUUCAAUCAAAUAUUGGAGUGUUAAGAGAUGUUUAUUUUUAUACACCGACUUAUUAUUAUUAUUAUUAUUAUAAUCCAGCCGAGUUCGCUCAAUUGUUUGUCGUUGGCCAUUGUUGAAAACAUUCCUACUUAGUUCUAAAGUUAGUGUAAGGCCGCAAGGGUUGCAGGAUUCGAUCAGCCCAUUAUUUCCUUAUCGAUUUGGUCGGUGCAAAACCUUGUGUUAUGGUAAUUAGCAAUAAUUUCGCCGUAUAGUUUUAUUAGGAUUUUUGCUCUUUUCUGAUUGGCUAUUAUUGCCAAGCUGAUAAGAUUUGGUGCUCCAUCGAGCCGGUAACGAGCACCCAUUGUACUCGACGUUAUUUUGUACGAAAAGUAAUUUCAAUAAAGAACCAUUAAGUUUAA